CAUUAUUAUACUAUUUUCUUCUGCCAUUUCGUCUCCUAUAUAUACUGUGCGCAUAUUUGCCAAUCUCUUUCACUUACCAUCUUCCUAAUUAAAUUUGAUGGCUUUUAGAAGUAUUGUUGUUCCAGUAUUAAUAUUAUUAGAGAUUCAGAUAUGUUUAUCCGCAGAGAUUAGCAGGGAAGAUUUUCCAAAUGGUUUUGUAUUUGGCACUGCCUCUUCAGCAUUUCAGUAUGAAGGAGCAGUGAAAGAAGAUGGAAGGGGUCCAUCUGUGUGGGAUACCUUUUCUCAUACUUUUGGCAAGGUAAUAGAUUUCAGCAAUGCUGAUGUUGCAGUGGAUCACUACCACCGAUACCAAGAAGACAUUCAACUCAUGAAGGACUUGGGAAUGGAUGCGUAUAGAUUUUCUAUUUCUUGGUCUCGGAUUUUUCCUGAUGGAUCUGGUGCGAUCAAUCAGGCUGGAAUUGACCAUUAUAAUAAACUCAUCAACGCGUUACUGGCAAAAGGAAUCGAACCUUAUGUGACACUCUACCACUGGGACCUACCUCAAGCCUUGGAAGACAAGUAUAAGGGCUGGCUCAGCACUGAGAUCGUAAAGGACUUUGCAACUUUUGCUGAGACGUGUUUUCAGAAAUUUGGGGACAGGGUGAAGCACUGGAUUACAUUUAAUGAGCCACAUACAUUUGCUAUACAAGGAUAUGACGUCGGUUUACAAGCGCCUGGACGAUGCUCUAUUCUCCUUCACCUAUUAUGUAGGGCAGGGAACUCUGCCACCGAACCUUACAUUGUUGCUCAUAAUGUCCUACUCUCUCAUGCAUCAGUAGCAGAUAUUUAUAGGAAAAAGUAUAAGAAUAUACAGGGCGGAUCACUUGGGAUAGCUUUUGAUGUCAUUUGGUUCGAGCCUGCCACAAACACUAAAGAAGACAUUGAAGCAGCACAGCGAGCUCAAGAUUUUCAGCUAGGCUGGUUUCUGGAUCCUUUGAUGUUUGGAGAUUAUCCAAGUUCAAUGAGAAGCCGAGUAGGGAACAGGCUGCCAAAAUUCUCUCCAUCUGAAGCUGCUCUCGUUAAGGGUUCAUUAGAUUUUGUUGGAAUCAAUCAUUACACCACAUUUUAUGCAAGAAAAGAUUCCACUAAUGUUAUUGGAAUUUUGCUCAAUGAUGCCAUUGCAGACUCCGGUACCAUUACCCUCCCAUUCAAUGGCACUAACGUUUUUGUAGAAAGGGCAAAUUCAAUAUGGUUAUAUAUUGUGCCACAAAGUAUGAGAACCUUAAUGAACUACAUCAAACACAAGUAUGGGAAUCCUCCUGUCUUUAUCACGGAAAAUGGGAUGGAUGAUCCAAAUAGUAGACUUAUUUCGAUGGAGGAAGCUUUGAAGGAUGAGAAACGGAUUCGAUACUACAGUGGCUAUUUAUCUUAUCUACAAAAAGCUAUUAAAGAUGAUGGUUGCAAUGUGAAGGGAUAUUUUGCUUGGUCAUUGCUGGAUAAUUGGGAAUGGGCAGCUGGAUACACUUCAAGAUUUGGUCUGUAUUUUGUUGACUACAAUGACAACUUGAAGAGAUAUCCGAAACAAUCUGUACAAUGGUUCAAGAACUUUUUGAAACCAGCUAAAUAGUUGUGAGAAUAUAGGAUUGUAUUUCAAAUAACAGUGUUUAUAUUUCAUUUGGGAGAGUUGGUGUUGGAGAAAUCGGUCGGAUCUCCUGGUGUUUGUGUCGGUCGGAGAGAGGCGUUGAGUGGGUGUGGCUCAGUGGCUGUGAUUUUGGGUAUCUGUGGCAGUGUUCUAUUGUGAGUUAAUAAUCCUUUGGAGCGGUUGCCGUGGAGGUUAUGGUUUGGCUACCAUAAAGUUUGUGAGUUUUAUUAGUGUCCUGCUGGGUUCUUUGUAGGGUAUGCUGGUUGUGGAUUUAGUUAGCUUUUGUAUGUGAGAUUUGAUAUUGUCUGGGAGCACUUUUGAUUAGAUUUUUUAAUAAUGUUUUAAAAAUCGGACCAGUUUCAUAAACCGGUGAUGUAAUUAUAUUUUAAUCUAUUUUAAUUUAUUCGGGAGUCA